AUGUACCUGUCUAAGAUCGUCUCUGCUUCGCUCGGUCUCUUUGGCCUCUUCGGCUCAGCCGCCGCCUACACCAACCCAAUCCGUAACCCUGGCGGCGGUGAUCCCCAGAUCUCGUGGUUCGACGGCUACUACUACCUGAUCUCGACCGAGUGGACGAACCUCCAGCUCGCCAGAGCCACGACCAUCGAGGGACUCAAGACUGCCACCCCGAAGGUCAUUUACUCUGACUCCAACCCCACGCGAUGCUGUAGCGUCUGGGCUCCUGAGAUCCACUACUUUGACGGAAGGUGGUAUCUCUACUACACUGCCGGCAACGAUGGCAACUUAGAUGGCCAAAGAAUGCAUGCUCUGCAGGGUGGCGCAUCUCCCUGGGAUGACUGGUCUUAUGCUGGCCAAAUCACUGAUGAUUGGUCCCUCGACGGCACUGUUGUCCGAUUCAAUGACUGGGGCAACUACUUCGUCUACUCCUGCAUGACCGGCGUUGAGCACCAAUCCGCGUGCGUGCGCAAGCUCGGUGAUGACUACGUCUCUGCUGGCUCCGACAUCACCAUCAUUUCUCAGCCCGACCAGGCUUGGGAGCAGAGUGAAGUCCCCGUCCAAGAGGGCUUCUACGGCCUCUACUUUGGUGGAAAGACCUACAUCGCCUACUCUGCCAACUACUGCUGGACUCCGGACUACUGCGUUGCUCUGCUCGAGUGGGAUGGCGUCACGGAUCCGGCGUCGCCCUCGGCAUGGACGAAGAGCAAUGGAUGUCAGUUGACUGCCGCUAAUGGAAACUUUGGCACUGGCCACAACAGCUUCUUCCGCAGCCCCGAUGAGACCGAGACCUACAUCACUUUCCAUGCAACCAGCAACGCCAACGGCGCGUGUGAUGACAACCGCUACGUCAUGGUCCAGCCCAUCACUGCCAAUGCUGAUGGAACGCCCAACUUCGGUAUCCCUCAGGCGUCUACCUACGAUUGGCCUGAGCCCAGCGCCUAA